CUAAGCUUUAGCUUUCGAGCAGCGUUUAGUGGCUACAACCUCUUGCAGAGCUCCGGGAGCUGCCGCUGCCGCCGCUGCUCCUGCUGCCGCUCCUGCUGACGCUGCCGCCGGUCGCCCGACUACAGCGCAGCUGCCCCAGACCAGCCAGUCCGGCCCGCCUAGUUCGGUACUGCCCUUCCCCGGCCGGGGCGAUGCGCCUGAUCCAGAACAUGUGCACCAUCGCCGAAUACCCUACUCCGGGCAGCAGCGGCAGCGCCGCCGCCGCCUCCAUCGACUGCUGCCUGGGCGCAGUGUCGGGCCGCCGCCUGGUCAAGAUCGCUGUCGUGGGGGCUAGCGGAGUCGGCAAGACCGCACUGGUGGUACGAUUCCUGACCAAACGAUUCAUUGGUGACUAUGAAAGAAAUGCAGGUAACCUUUAUACCAGACAAGUCCAAAUAGAGGGAGAAACACUGGCAAUUCAGGUUCAAGAUACACCAGGAGUCCAGAUCCACGAACAAGGGUUGAGCUGCAACGAACAAUUGAACAGAUGCAUUCGCUGGGCUGAUGCUGUGGUGAUUGUCUUCUCUAUCAUCGAUUACAAGAGCUAUGAGCUGAUUGGCCAACUGCACCAGCACGUCCAGCAGUUACACCCAGGUGCCCGGCUGCCUGUUGUCAUUGUGGCAAACAAGGCUGAUCUGCUCCACAUCAAGCAGGUGGAGCCCCAGCACGGAUUGCAGCUGGCCAACAUGCUGGGCUGCACGUUUUAUGAAGUAUCUGUCAGUGAGAAUUACAACGAUGUCUACAAUGCCUUCCACGUCCUGUGCAAAGAAGUGAGUCACAAACAGCCCGUGACUAGCACGCCAGAAAAGAGGAGAACCUCUCUCAUUCCUAGGCCAAAGUCUCCCAAUAUGCAGGACCUGAAGAGAAGGUUCAAGCAGGCCCUGUCUGCUAAAGUGAGGACUGUCACUUCAGUCUGAGAGCAAAACUUUUGAGAGAGUUUGGUCUUCCAAGAAAGUAGUCCAGACAUUCCAAUCCCGGUACUACAGGGUGUACGGAAGGGCUGAAGCUGAGCGGCCGAGGGGUCCUUCUGAACUGCUGCAGAAAGGGAAGAGCUGUCUUCUUAGCAGGAAAGAAUUGAUGAACCAUGACAAAGUUCACGAAGUGGUUCUAGCACGUGGCCAGUGGGAUAAAUGCUGUUCAGAAGGGUUGGACCUCUCUGAAUCAGUGAAAUAAUCUGUGUCGUCUUCCCCUCUCGGGUUGUGAGUGCUGUAGUGUCUGUCUACAACUACCGCCUUUGUAAAGAAGCUAGUCAAUUGUAAUUUCACAGAAGAAAUACAGAAACACUGUGAUGUACAAUGAGACUAGGACAAGUUAAAGGAAAGCAUUCCCAUGCUUCUCAUCACCUCUUCCCUCUUCCAGAAGAAUGACCUUGCAAUGAAAGUUUAACUUUCCAAUGCUGAAGCACAAAAAAAAAAAAAAAAAUGAAAAUGUCAUUCUAACUUAGGGGGCAACCAAAUUCCUUCAUGAAUAAGGAGCAAAAUGUUCUCUAUGAAUAAAUACCACUGUUGUGUUUCUGGGCCUAAAUCUUUUGUAAGACAAACACAUGCAUUUGUAAGCUUACACAAAUGUAAAGGAAAAAAUAGUUACUUGAUUGAAAUACGAUGGGCAUGAUUCACUGGGUCCAAAUGAUGCAGUGGUUGAGUCUAAUGCUUCAGCUAUGGAUAUGUAGUAAUUGUUAGUAACUGUCCUUUUGUUUUGGCAUCAGGUGAAGAAAAAAAGUAGAUAUCAUGUUCAUUGAUUUUGAUGUGAUUUGUAUAAUGGGCUCUUGGCGAUGAAGUUGGCAGCCUUCUAGGCUUGGCUGAGCCAUGACUGGUGGCUAAAUGCUAAAGCACCAUCUUGCAGUGAGCAGAUGGGCGUGGGGGAGGUUAUACAGCCCCCAAACCUAUACAGAUGCACUUUAAAAAGCCACGGGUGCUUUUGCUUAAACUGUAAUUAAUUUAUUUUAUGUACAAUAAAAAGGUCAUCUAGAUGAACAGA